AUGUCUCAAUCAUUGCGCCCAUACCUUCAAUGUGUCCGCUCGUCGCUGACCGCGGCUCUUGCAAUUUCUAACUUCGCUUCGCAAACGUCCGAACGACAUAACGUGCCGGAAAUCGAGGCUGCCACGUCCCCCGAACUCCUUCUCAAUCCCCUGACAAUUUCGCGUAACGAGAACGAGAAAGUUCUUAUCGAACCCAGUGUCAACAGUGUCCGUGUGAGUAUCAGUAUAAAGCAGGCGGAUGAAAUCGAGCAUAUCCUUGUCCACAAGUUCACGAGAUUCUUAACGCAGCGCGCGGAAUCGUUCUUCAUCCUGCGGAGGAAGCCAGUAAAGGGCUAUGAUAUCUCGUUCUUGAUCACCAACUUCCACACCGAAGCCAUGUUGAAGCACAAGCUUGUCGACUUUAUUAUCCAAUUCAUGGAAGAGGUGGAUAAGGAAAUCUCAGAGAUGAAGCUCUUUUUGAAUGCCCGCGCUCGUUAUGUUGCCGAAUCUUUCCUCGUACCGUUCGACUAA